AUGUUCAGCGACAAGUUCGUAUCGCUCGACAAGAAGCCCGAGAUCAUCGUCACCGAAUGCUCUCUGCCUCUGACUCCACCGCCAGAGGAGAUCAACGAAUCACCUUUCUGGACUACAGAGAACCCAAUUCAAGUGGAAGAAGUACAGACACUCAACACUUCUGAACCUGAGUCCAUCGUGGCCGUCAUUGGUGUUGGUUAUGUCGGCACCCACCUCGUCGAAGCAUUCGCCAACCAUUACAAUGUCAUUGCUUUCGAUCUCAGCACCAAAAGGCUUGACGAAGUUUCGAAACAACUCACUGGCCUUCCGAUUCAGUUCACGUCAAACGCUGCUGAUAUCAGCCAAGCUACACAUGUUCUCAUCUCCGUGCCAACGAUCCUCACGGACGACAAGAAAGUGGACACUACAUACCUGCGCAGUGCCAUUGCUACUGUGGAGAAGUACGUCAAGCCUGGAUCCACCAUCGUUGUUGAGAGCUCUGUUGCUGUUGGUAUGACACGAGAGCUCGUUGGUCCGCUCAUGGCAUCAAAGAACUUCAAGGUCGGCAUGUCGCCUGAGCGCGUUGACCCAGGCCGCACAUUUCCCGCUUUCGAGGACAUCUCUAAGAUUGUCUCUGGUCUUGAUGCCGCAUCUCUGGAGUCUAUUUCCACUCUUUACGGCCGUGUCUUCAACAAGCUGCUUCCUGUCUCUUCUCCCGAAGUCGCCGAGAUGACUAAGCUGUACGAGAACUGCCAACGCAUGGUAUGUGCGACGUAUGCCAACGAGAUGGCCGAUGCCUGCAGCAGCAUCGGCAUCGACGCUUUCGAGGUCAGCAAUGCCGCAGCAUCCAAACCCUUUGGUUACCUACCUUUCCGCCCUGGUCCAGGUAUCGGAGGCCACUGCAUCCCUGUCAACCCGUACUAUCUCCUCUCCAACCUUCACAUGCCACUGCUCGAGCAUGCGGCUACGAUAUCAUCAUCCCGACCCAGAGACGUCGCCAGGAGCUUUGUGCGAUCUGUACUUCAAGAGAAGGAUUACAGCGUAGAUCCGAGCCAACUUCGACUGCUCGUCGUCGGUGUAGGUUUCAAGCGCGGCCAGAGCGUCAUGAGCAACUCUCCUGGUGCUGCCAUCGCCCAUACGUUGAAGAGCGAAUACAACUGCCAUAUUGAGUUCGCGGAUCCGUUGGUUUCCACGGCUCUUUACAGUGCAGUGCCGAAGAUGGAUACGGAGGCGAACUGGAGUGUCGAUUAUCUCAGCACCUACGACGGUAUCAUUGUCUCUGUCAACCAAGAGGGUCUUGAUAUGGAUGUUCUAGCAAACUUGCCAAGUAGUGUCAAGGUACACGACUUUUCCGGCAUUUUGAAGAACUCUAUCAGUAGUGUCCCGUCACUAGCUGCCAAGAAGGAGAUCUGCUAG